AUGUCAGAGGCACAAGGAGCACAACCGCCAGGGGAAAAGACGGCGACGACGUACGAAUCGGUAAUCGGAGGAGAAAAUAGGACAAAAACGGAGCUGCAAUCGAAGGAAGACCAGGGUAUGAUCCAGAUUGAUAAACUGCAAGACAAGGUUCCUGAUCCUGCUGGGAAAGGUGGCCCAGUUUUUGGGGCUGGUAAAGAUGAUGACAAGAAGGACUUGGGCGUUACAGGCACUGGCCUGGCCGAUUAG